AGGUUGUCAGGUGUUGUAUGGAAUCAUAUCAUUCGUUCAGUUUAAGCUUAAAACAACUCAAAGCAUUCAAUCAGCAAUCAUGAAGUGCAUCGCAGCUGUAGUCAUGAUGGCCUGUGCCGUCGCUGUCAACGCCCAUUACGCCCACCAAGUUCCUGUAGCUCCGGCCAUAACCUACGCCAACGAUUAUCACCAUGGAAGGGCAGGCCAUCAUCAAGCACCAGUUGUUACCUACGCCAACAAUCAUUGGGAUCAGUGGGCUCAUCAUGAUGUUCACCAUCAUCAGGUUCCAGCUGCUGUUGCCAUCGCUGCUCCAGUUGCCUACAACAACAACGCUUGGGCUCAUCAGCACAACUCCUGGGAUCAUCACAACCAUCAUGCGCAUGCUCAUGGUGCCGUAGCCGUUGCUCCAGUUCACCAUAAGGAGGCCACUUAUGUUGCCGCAAAUCCAGGAGCUGUCCAUAAGGCCCCACUUCCAGGGCACAUCGUCAACCAAAAGUCCCUGAACUUGGCUCCGGCUCCAGGAACUUUGUAA